ACCUUCUAAAAAGCCUAUGAAAUAAAAACACAAGAUUCCACCGAUUAAGAAAGGAAGCCUCCUUCGCCGGAUAAAAAAACAUGGCUCCGACGAAGAGAGGAAAGAAGAGCAAUUCGGCCGCAUCAACGACGGUAAAACCCACCGCCGAUAACACUUCGAGCUUUCCGGCAUGUUUGCGCCUCCUUACGCCUUCCUCCGUCGCCAUCACCAUCCACGCGAAGCCUGGUUCCAAAUCUGCCUCCAUCACCGAUGUGAGCGACGAAGCGGUGGGCGUUCAGAUCGAUGCUCCGGCAAGGGAUGGUGAGGCUAACGCUGCACUUCUCGAGUACAUGAGCUCUGUGUUGGGGGUGAAAAGAAGACAAGUUUCAUUGGGUUCAGGAUCCAAGUGUCGAGAUAAAGUUUUGAUUGUCGAGGAUAUGACCCAACAAAGAGUCUUCCAAGCUCUGUCCGAAGCAUCAAAACCUACUUAAAAGUCUCCCCAAGACUGUAACUUUGUGGAGGAAACGAAGCACUAGAAGUUUAAGUGGUUGAUGAAGAUUUUUUCAGACUUGUAAUAGAGAGAUCAUUGGUCAGGUAUACUAUGGUUAUAUCUUUAGACUAUUGCUUGUUAUUACCAAGUUGUGUUUAGUCUAUACUCCUAAUUGAUCUGAAGCCAUAGAGUGAACUUUUUAACUUGGGAUUUAGGAUGGCUUCUCUAUGUCUUUGUUCAUCCUUACUUAUCUUUACUUCAUUGAAGUGAAAGUUGUGUACAUUAGUAGGCUAUCUGGUAUUUUGUUGAAUACAAAGAAAGCUAUUAGCUUUAAGA